GCGACCUUUGAAGGAAGAAAGGAAGUGCUUUGGCGUCGCAGAGCCAGAGAAGCAGGGUAAGAGGGAGCAGUAUGUCCGCGGAAGUCCCUGAGGCAGCCUCCGCGGAGGAGCAGAAGGAAAUGGAAGAUAAAGUGACUAGUCCAGAGAAAGCUGAAGAAGCAAAAUUAAAAGCAAGGUAUCCUCAUCUGGGACAAAAGCCUGGAGGUUCAGAUUUCUUAAGGAAACGAUUACAGAAGGGGCAAAAAUAUUUUGAUUCUGGGGAUUACAACAUGGCUAAAGCCAAAAUGAAGAACAAGCAGCUUCCUACUGCAGCUCCGGAUAAGACAGAGGUCACUGGUGACCACAUUCCCACUCCACAGGACCUUCCUCAACGGAAACCAUCCCUUGUUGCUAGCAAGCUGGCUGGCUGAUUAAAAGAGCUGAACUGCAUGAAUCUUCUAAUUCCCAUUAUUUCUCCUUAAUAUGUUACUUCUCUGCUUUUUAUUUCCUUUCAUUCACCAAGUCAUUUGAGAAUGACAGCUUUGCAGGUAGCGGUAGUGUGUGCUGCUAUUGUAAGGGAAUAUACGUGUGUAGAGUUUUGAUUAGUUUUAACAGUGCACUGAUAAAGAGAACAUGUUAGAGCAACAUAAAGUAAUCUACUUGAAAAUAAUUGUAUAUAUUACCUAACUUCUAGUGUAGGACUGAUUCAACAAGUAACGAGCAAGUUUUACAAUUGUAAUAUUUUGGCUUUCUUUAAUUCAUCUUAAUUAUAGCUUUGUAUGUUACUCUUAUUUAAUAUAACCUCUAUUGUAUUGAUUUCUUCUGUAUUUUCCUUUUGGAUUUUGUAAAACAAGUUUAAGACCACAAGUUGGAAGGAAGAUCACACUCUUCAAACAAAAAUAGAUGGGGCUCUGAAAGAUUUCUCUGUGCUUGAACUUGAAUGGCCUUAAACCUGUUUCAGCUUUAACAAUAGAAUUUUACUUGGGCAAUAUUUGCCCAUUCUGGUGUAACUUACGUGACUAGUGGUUAACAGCUGCCGUUGAAGCUAGUAUUCUUACUCAGUUCUGUAGUGUUCGAGUAUCUUUUGUUGAAGAUGUGAAUGAAGUGUGCAUGUGCAUCGACUGUUGAAUUCACUUUUGUGCCAUUUUUGUAAAUACAGUAGUUUUGCACAACCUCUCACAAAUGUCUGUAUUAAUUUCACAUAUUAAAAAGUAGAUGAUGUGCCAACCAGAAGCACAAGAGUUCCUACACAAAACUCUGUAUGUCAUUAGAGCUUUUGUAUAGUAAGAGUAGUUUACAAUCUUGGGCUUAUAGAAUACCAAACAAAUCUUUGCUAAGUCUGUCAUAGACUUAAGCUUUUUCAUUUGUUAUUAAUAUCCAUGACAUUCAGUGGCCUUGUGCAGAUAUGAUAUGUUGCUUAGGCAUAUCUUUUGUCCUAUGCAGAACAUUUUCAUUUUGACUUUUAUGAAAAUUGCAAAUCAUGUAAUUUAUAUAAACUUUUUUAAUGUAGAAACUUUUUACUUCCACAGUCAAUUUGGGGGACACUAGAAUAAAAGGCUUCGAUACUCUGCCUCCUGUGGCCCCUCCCUCCUUUUUUUCUUGCUUUGACUCAAAUCGUGUUCGGCUGUGCUGUUUAGUCUAUUCAGAAGCAUAGGUGUAUAUCCUCACUCUUGAAAUUUGCUCUGCUGAAUGCUAUAUUUUAUAACAAUGAUGUUUUUCUUAUAAUUUCUCAGUUGUUAAUUAACCACUCUUAAUUCUGUAUUAUUACUAAUAUUUGACACUUGUUUAAAUAAAAGGAACUUUUUACUGAAACAAAUACUUGAGAAGACUGGCCCAGGAACCCAUGUCAGGAUGAGCUGAAUUCUGCUAAAUAAUUUUAAGUAAGCUAAGUGAAUUAUACUUGUGACACUUAGAGUCAUUUAUGUGGUAGGUGGAACAUACUCAUAUUAAAAUAUUUAGAUAUUUUACUUCUAUAGAUGUCACUUUAAUAAAAUAAUCAAUUUAAUUUUACUUGUGGUUUAUCUAGUUAGUAAGAAUUUUAAUUAACAGACUUUAUCAGGAUACAUUUACUGCUCUUUUAAGAGCUCUUCCCAUAGGUGAUAUAAUGCUAUAGCAUGACAGUGAAGAUCAGUAGCCUGAGAUGAUAGUAUUUUUUUCUUUGUCUUUGACUUGCGCGGGGCCUCCCCUCUUUUUGGAUCCAGGCAUUUUUUUCUAGGUCUUGGCUCCAUCUGUAUACUUGCUUUCCUGUGACUCCAAAUCAUUGUAAAUGGUGCCUUGAGCAUAGCACCUGCACUUAAAGGCUGCCUAGCACUCUGAGUAAGGCUUGCUGAUUAUCUUCCUGUUCCACCCACCCCAAAAGGCAGAAAAUCCAUGAAGUCAGUAAUGUUGCAGUUUGUAAUUUUAAGGAUCAGUUAUAUAUAAAUAUAUUUGUGAUGGGAGCAAGUAGAUUAUUCCACAAUAUGUAUAAUCAUUGUAGGAUCCAUUUAAGAAUUAGGAAAUACCCCAAAGUAGAAUUUGUGUAAUGUCUAGUCUUUUUUUUUUUUGGUGAAUAUUUGCAAGCUGUCAACAUUAAAUUUACACAUUAGAGAUGGUUAAUCUGAAAGAUCACAGAGACCAUGUUAUUCCUGACCGUGAUAGGACUCCUGCUGUGGUUUGCAACAAGUGAUAUAACCUCUGUCUAAGUUUUAUUUGUAAAAUACAAUGCUGAUAUUUAACCUACCUCAAAACUUGUUGAGGAUCUGUGAAAUACUGAGUAAGUGCCCAAAAUAAAAUACUGUUGAUUGUCUUUUUAUUGAAA